CAAAAGUGUUUUGCGAAAGCUCUCUCACCAUAACAACACGUGUAUCUCUGCUACUAGUUUUGCUACUUCUGCUUUUAUGCAGUCUGCUUCAAAAAAUGUUUGUUUUAUCCGAAUUGAAAGAUGUAGUUAGAAUACCACCAUGGAAAUUCAAAAGAAAAUUAAAUGACGCUAUUGCUGAUGAAUUGAAUAGAAAACUCGCUAACAAGGUAUAUUUGAAUGUGGGACUUUGUAUUGCUCUCCAUGAUAUCACCAAAAUUGAAGAAUCUUAUAUUUUUCCUGGUGAUGGAUCGUCUCACACAAAAGUUAUUUUUCGUUUCAUUGUAUUCCGUCCUUUCAUGGAGGAAAUACUUCUCGGGAAAAUACGGAGUUGCAGUGCAGAUGGAGUACAUGUGACACUAGGAUUUUUCGAGGACAUCAUUAUUCCUCCUCACAAACUCCAACACCCCUCAAGAUUUGAUCAAACAGAGCAAGCGUGGGUGUGGGAAUAUGAUACUGGAGAUGGAGAAAAGCAUGACCUUUUCAUGGAUGCAGGCGAAGUCAUACGGUUUCGUGUGGUGAGUGAAGCUUUUGUGGAAACUCUGCCAACAGGUCCGGCUGUUGUUGGAGAAAGUGUGGAAAAACCAGAUACUAAAGGAAUCUCGCCUUACACUUUGGGGGCCGCAAUCGAUGAGCCUGGUUUAGGCUUGCUGACGUGGUGGGAAAAUACCUGAGAUCUCACUAGCACAAAAUUUUGGCAUCAAACUUUUUGAAUCGUGGAAAAUAGUUUUCUCAAUGGUUCGAAUUUGCAAUGUAAAAAGGUCGUGGAAUCAAGUAUGCAUUAUUUCAAUCUUCAUCCUUUGAAAUUCACAAGAGGACUUUAUGUCCGCUCUCUCUCCAAGUAAAAACACGAUUUUUUGUAAUAUUUUUUACGUGUUAUGCGAAUAAAUCUCAACCUUACACAUCAAACAAAAA